AUAAAGCGUGAGUCCUAGAAAACAAACUUCAAGUAGAUAUGGAAGAUGAAGGCACUCUAGUACGAGAACGAGUAUAUGACCUAAAACAUGCCGGAAACCCAUCACCGUCAAGAUCCUCGCCGUACAGCCUUUACUUUAAGGGUUUGGUAAGUGAGAACACGACGGAGUUAUCCGGAGAAUUUAGGGUUGCGAUUUGCGGCUACAAGGAUGGUCUGAUGUUUCAGAUGAAAGGACCAAUUUAUGAACCAGCCAUUACACUUUUAGAGGCUGAGCUUAUAGCAUUGAAGUCCGGAUUAACCGAAGCCGCGAGGUUAGGGAUCAAUCAUAUCUCAAUCUGCUGCGAUCACAAUCAGAUUUAUGAAUGGGUCAUGGAGAGAUCUACACCUGAGCAAGAAAACAUAGCCUUGCUAAUACGUGACGUGCAAGGCAUUAGAAAACGUUUUACUUCUAGUAAAGCUGUAUUGGUUACUCGAAAACAAGUUGAGUUUGCUUAUAAACUUGGAAUGGAAGCAAUCUCUUCUAAGACUAAUGUAGCUAUGGCUACUCUAUUUCAUCCGAUAAAGACGAAUUUGCCUGCUAGGAUUCAUCUGAAAAAGACUUGUAGUAUCUGUUUCGAAGAUGUCAAUGCUGAUGAGAUGUUUUUGGUUCAUACAUGUCAUCAUAUGUUCUGUUCCGAAUGUGUGAAAAAUCAUAUAGAGGUAAGACUAGCUGAAGGGUAUAUGAUGACAUGUCCUCAGUACAAGUGCAAAACUAAGCUGGUUUAUAACGAUUGUGUCAACAUUUUGACACCUAAAGUAAAAGAGAUGUGGGAACAAAGGAACAUAGAGGAAUCGAUUCCUGUAACCGAUAGAGUUUACUGUCCAAACCCGACUUGUUCAGCUUUGAUGUCAGUAACCAAUUUCUCUCAACUCAAUGAAGUUAAGCAAUGUUGUGUCAAAUGCGGUGAAUUCUUUUGCGUCAAUUGCAAAGUUCCGUGGCAUAGUGACUUGUCGUGCCACGGUUACAAGAAGUUGCAUCCGAAUCCUACAGAAAACGAUAAGAAGCUCCAAAACCUCGCGGAUUGUAAAAGGUGGCGUCAAUGCAGCAAAUGUAAACAAAUGAUUGAACGUUCUGAUGGAUGCUUCUUCCUACUUUGCAGAUGUGGUCAUAAGUUUUGCUACCAAUGUGGAGCAGAUGCUGGAUAUUGCUAUCAUCUUGGUCUUGGUAAUGAUUUUGAACCAGAAGACACAACAUCAAUAGAUAUUGCUGUCGGUUUUGCUAUUGUAGUGUUAUUAGUUGGUAGCAUAGCUUUUGGUAUCAUUGAAUGAUAUCAUAGUUUGUAGGGUUUUUUUUGAUAAACUAAAUUAAUUAUGAAAGCUUUGUGCAAAACACAUAGUUACAGAACAGUACAAGUAAGGAUUGGUUACUAAAUUUUAUUGCAUGAAGUAGUCUUACAAGCAGAGGCUUUAGCAUUUAUGUAACCUGAAACUGUACGAGCCAAACUUAUAAAUAACAUCCCAAGAGAUUUCAAGAACUUCAUGAGAAAAAAAGAGAACACAUACCAUUUCACAGUGAGAUCUGUGUGAGGUAGAGACAUU